UUAAUCCAAAUAAUAGAACAAAAGUAAUCUGACCGAUGUUUUACAACAACGGUCAUUUUGUUUUUGCUGGGUAUGCACCUUGGCGUUCAUCAAAAUCCCAAUUUUGGAGUUCUCUGAUUCUGGGCAUACGACGUUAAAUGGCUCUGAGUUUUGGGUUCGGAUGGUCUCGGCUAGAGGGCUGCAUAAUGUUCUUGCUUCCGCUUAUAAGAUUAUGCAGCAAAUAUCUAAGGUCCCUGCAUCCUCUUAACACGAGUACUAAGGAAUCUCAGCCCCAUAGUGAGUAUUCUCGAACAUAGAGCUUUGCAGAAGACUGGACUUGCACAAUGGCGUUUGAUGCUUUUACUGCUUCAGGAGUAUAUGCAAAAACCUUCUUGCGUUUUUUGAUAUGACGAGUGAUGAUGAAGAAUUAGUCGAUCGAGCUUGCUUUUCAUAUUCUGAACUUCAUGUGUGAAGGUCCUAUUCAUGAAGGUUAUUUUGAUUAUUACAAUGGUGGUGAUCAUGACUAACCAGGGAGGCAAUUCAGGUGGACGGAUCGGAGGAGGUUAAGAUAUGUAAGAUCUUUGAGAUUUCUUUAGACUUUUACUCGGAGAGUGUUAAUGAUUCACCAACUGACAAAGUCUUGUGUUCCUACUUGAGUAAUAUAGAGCUCUUAAUUAAUCAUCCGGCUAAAUGCCAGUUAGGAUAUGAAAGAAGAAACAGCUCAGAGCCACUAUCCCGCUCAACACUAUAUACAGGCUGAUAUGAACUGAGGUAAAUUGCUCACCUAUACUUAUAUUGAUACCAGUUAAUGUUAGCGUGAGUCAAUGUAUCCUAUUUAGAAUAUUCUUAUUCUAUUAGGAAUGUACUUAUUGUACGCAAUUAGGAAUGUAAUUAUCCCUUUAAUUGUAAUUAGCACUUACCUAGUUAGUAUAUGUAACCUUAGUAUAUAAAUACCUCCUUGUGUGAAGAAUAAAAUUAUCUCAUCAUUCUCUCAAAUACGUUCUUAUUCUCAAGUUGGUAUCAGAGCAAAGAUCCGUAUUGGACUUUGUCUCUUUGUUCUCUCAUUGCUCUCAAUUCUCUCAAUUUAAUUUCUCUUAAAUUUUCUUCUAUCCAGUAAUCAGGAUUUGUUUGUCUGUGUUCUUGUGAUUGAGAGUAUUCAAACCUUUAAACCUAGAAUUUGGGUUUUAGGGUUUUUUUUUUCUUCAAGCCUCUACUGUUCGUUUUUUCGGCCUACCCAAUUUCAUCUUUUUAUUCGGCUGUGCUCUGUUACUGCAAUGGGAGGACAAGGGUCAGGCAAGGAUGAUGAUGUCGCUGUUCAAAAGGUGGAGGUAUCUUUGAAUCAAGACUCCUUUGGGGGUUUUGGUGGUGCUAAGUUGAAUGGCACCAAUUACCGUACUUGGAGGAAGAUGAUGACUGCCCAUCUGUGUGGGCUUGACAAGAUGGGAUAUGUGAGUGGCACAAUUGAAGUACCAGAUGAGAAGGACCUAGGGUUCGGAAAGUGGGAGAACUCAAAUGGGUCUGUGAUGUCCAUCCUCUACAAAUCAAUGACCGAUGAGGUAGUUCAAUUGAUUAUUGGAUGUGAGACAACUGCUGAGAUAUGGAAGACUUUGAAAGAGUUGUAUCUCAAUGAUUCUGACUUUGCUCAGAUUCAUGAACUCCACACCAAGGCAUUCAAGAUGACUCAGAAUGGACAACAUGUAUCCCUUUAUUUUGCUGCUUUGAAGAACAUCUGGUUGGAGAUUGAUCAGAGGCGCCCUAAUAAGAUGAAGAAUGCUGAUGAUAUCAAGCUGCACAAUGAGGAGAAAGAUUUGUUGCGGGUGCAUAUAUUUCUGAAUGGACUUGAUUCCAAGCAUGCUAGUGCCAAAGGUGAGUUGUUAAGGCUUGCUACUCCUCCUUCCCUUGAUGGAGCCUUUGCUUAUAUUCGCAAGGAUGAGGCUCAACUAGAGAGUGCUAAGGCAAUUCAUUCUGAAUUGUCUAGUCUCACAAUUCAGUCUAAUCCUACACCACCUAAAUAUGUGCCACCACAUACUCAACAGUUGCGUCCUCAGUCUAGCUUUACAUCACCUACUGGCAAUCGUCCUUUCUGCAACUACUGCAAACAGUUAGGGCACAUUGAAGCUAAAUGUCACAAGCUAAAUGGAUAUCCUACAUCUUGGGGAAAACCAGCACCUAAUCAACAAGGACGUGCUCAUUUAGUCCAAAAUCCUGAUUACUAUGGUGUGGAGGGGCAAGAUCACACAACUGCUGCCGGUAAUCCUUCUGUAUCCAUGGUUGGACGUGGUAAGAUUGGUGUUGCUUUACAUAUUUCUGAUUUUGUUGGGGAAGAUACCUGGAUCAUUGAUUCUGGGGCAUCGGACCAUAUGACUUAUGAUAAAUCCUAUUUUACCCACUUGUCACCACCACCUGUGUCUAAAGUUACCAAUGCAAAUGGUGAAGCCUUUCCUGUGUUAGGAACUGGUUCAGUUAGACUUACACCUACAUUAGAGCUCCAUAAUGUCUUAUAUGUUCCUGCUUUAUCUCACCACUUGAUAUCUGUACCACAAUUAAAUGCUUAAGCUAAGUGCUCUAUGACCUUUUUUCCUAUGUAUGUUGUGUUUCAGGAUCUUCUUACCAGGGAGACUAUUGGUCGGGGAGAUCUGAGGGGGAGGUUGUUCCAUUUGGACCAGAUGUAUGCAGGGAAGAAACCAGGGAAG